AUGAGUGCAAGAGAAAUUCCCAAUCUCGAUCAGCUGGUCGAUUACGGCCACGCUGUGGCUGGACAUGCUGGUGUCCUCUCAGAUGCUGAUGGAGAGCUCUUUAUUAAGCCCUGCACCCAGAAAGAACUUGACUUUUAUCAGUCAGCAGCUGCCAAAUUCGAAGAGUUCACUGAGAUCAUGCCCCUUUUCAUGGGCUGUCUCUCCCUUGCUGACCCUGCCGAAGGUGAAUCCAAGGACGCCACAACCUGGAAGCCUAACAAGGACAAACGCAUCAAGACAGAUCAGGCCAUUGUUCUUGAGAACUGUACCAACGGCUACAAGAAGCCCAACAUCCUCGACGCGAAACUCGACUACGGCUGCCGUAUCGCCGGCAUGAGAGUUUACAAAGGAUCUGAGAAUGCCACCGAGCUUGAUGAUGACCAGUACAAGGUCUACGACCGAGACUACGGUAGGGCGUCUGUGACCAACGAGACUUUUGUCGACGCUGUGCGACAAUUCGUAUUCAAUAAGGCGGCCGGCAUCGACAACGCUCUAGCUAAGGCUAUUUGCCAGGGAUUCGUCCAAGAGCUCCAACGGGUAGAGAAGAUACUAGAGACGCACGAGAGCCGAAUGUAUUCUGCCAGCAUCCUGUUCAUCUAUGAGGGUGACGUUGAAGCUCUCGAAGCCUCCAUCAACCGCAACAACACCUUGGCGGAGAAUCUCGAGAAGGCUCAUGUCAGGCCUUCAAGGAUUGAUAGCGGUAUCUGUCUCGACGAUGAGGACGAUGAGGAUGACGAAAUCGUCUUCCCCAAGGUGUAUACGGUGAAGCUGAUUGACUUUGCACACGCCAAGUGGGUGCCUGGCGAAGGGCCCGAUGAGAACAGUCUCGUUGGUGUCCGCAGCCUCCGACGAAUCUUUGAGGAGCUCGCGGCAUGA